GCCAGUGAACAUUAAGCGGAGCAGACCAAAAUCCCAAACAAGGAAAUGGUGGGGGAAUAAAACGACCAGAUUAUUUAAUUAAUGCAUGUAAUAAUUAAUAUUUUAUUUUAUUGUAAAUUAAGACGUAUUUAUGGGUUAAAAUGGAUUACGACUUCAAAACAAAGCUGGCGGCCGAGAGAGAGAGAGUAGAAGAUCUGUUCGAAUAUGAAGGUUGCAAAGUGGGUCGAGGCACCUACGGGCACGUUUAUAAAGCUAAGCGCAAAGACGGGAAAGAUGAAAAGGAGUAUGCACUGAAACAAAUAGAAGGCACUGGAAUAUCAAUGUCCGCCUGCAGGGAAAUUGCUCUGUUACGAGAACUGAAACACCCAAAUGUGAUCGCCCUCCAGAAAGUGUUCCUUUCUCACAGCGACAGAAAAGUUUGGCUCCUCUUCGACUAUGCCGAACACGAUCUUUGGCACAUCAUCAAGUUCCACCGCGCCUCAAAGGCCAACAAGAAGCCCAUGCAGCUGCCCCGAGGGAUGGUGAAGUCUCUCCUGUAUCAGAUUCUGGAUGGGAUCCAUUACCUCCAUGCCAACUGGGUGCUCCACAGGGAUCUGAAACCAGCGAACAUCCUGGUGAUGGGGGAAGGUCCUGAGCGAGGAAGAGUUAAAAUCGCUGACAUGGGUUUCGCCAGACUCUUCAACUCUCCCCUCAAGCCGCUGGCGGACCUCGACCCCGUUGUGGUGACAUUCUGGUACAGGGCCCCUGAGCUGCUGCUGGGAGCCCGACACUACACCAAAGCUAUCGAUAUUUGGGCGAUUGGCUGCAUCUUCGCGGAGCUUCUAACGUCGGAGCCCAUCUUUCACUGUCGCCAGGAAGACAUCAAGACCAGUAACCCCUUCCAUCACGACCAGCUGGACAGGAUAUUCAGCGUCAUGGGUUUCCCAGCAGAUAAAGACUGGGAAGACAUCAGGAAGAUGCCAGAGUACCCCACACUGCAGAAAGACUUCAGGAGGACAACGUAUGCAAACAGCAGCUUAAUCAAAUACAUGGAGAAGCAUAAAGUGAAACCGGACAGCAAAGUUUUCCUGUUGCUGCAGAAGCUCCUCACCAUGGACCCCACCAAAAGAAUUACAUCAGAGCAGGCGCUGCAGGACCCCUACUUCCUGGAGGACCCUUUACCAACCACUGAUGUGUUCGCUGGCUGUCAGAUCCCCUACCCAAAACGGGAGUUUCUAAAUGAAGAUGAGCCCGAGGAGAAAACAGAAAAGAAUCAGACCCAGCAGCACCAGCAGACGACGGGCCAGACUCAGGCCCAGAACCAGCAGCAGACGGCGGCCCAGCAGGCUCCUUCUCAGCAGAGCUCGGCUCAAACCAACGGCACUGCCGGAGCCACGGGGGCCACCACUGGUGGAGGGUUGCAGCAUGGUCAGGACCAGGGGCCCCCCAACAAGAAACCUCGGAUCGGGCCCUCUGGGGCCUCAUCAGGCACCGGGGUGCUACAGUCAGAGUAUCAGCACUCCGGCUCCCGCCUUGGUUACCAAAGCAACGUCCAAGGUUCCACUCAGCCCCAGAGCACCAUGGGAUACUCGUCAUCCUCCCAGCAGAGCUCCCAGUACUCCCACCAGACCCACCGCUACUGAGGCCCACAGUCACUCCUGAACCAGCAGAGGAGUCGCCUCCUCCUUGUCUUCAACCAACCUCAGCAGACGUCGCCCUCGACUCCCUGGUCCUGUUCGGACCUCCGUCCCUCCACAACGUCAUUCCAACUCCUCAUUUCUUCACCUUUUACCCGACAGCCUUCCACGGCAGUCUAACAUGAAGGCAAACAAACAUAGGAACCAAAAAAUAAUAAUAAUCCAACAUGUUCUGCCUCAUUGGGCUGGUGAAACAUUUUUCAAACAACUGAAAGAAAAAUUGUAAGAUAGAUGUGAAGGCGUCACACACAGACUCAGAACCAUGGCACUUACAAACACAACGUUCCUCAAGAGGAAGAAUCGCAGCUGUGUUCAUACAUGUAUAUUAUAUAACACCUUUUUCUAUUUGAUUUUUUUUUCUCUUGCUUGUUUGCUAGACUUUUCAAGUUUACCUUGAUAGUUGAUGUCACUAUAAAUAUUGUUACAUAUGUAAGCGAUUGGAUGAAACAAAACGCAGGAGGAAAAGCCCUUUACUGUCAACUCUAGUGUACUAGUACCUUGGAUAAUCAGACGAAAAGCAGCAAAAGUUUUAGCUGAUCCAGAAAAAAAAAAGAUGUUUCUACACCGUAAAAUAAAUCAGGGAAAUAUUAAAAGCGCAAUUUAAAACUUAAACUUCUUAUUAUAGGGUUUCUAUAUUUAGAUCUGUUUGUGUAGAUUUGGAUUUGGACUGUAAGAAGAGCAAUUGACUUUUUACAGCUUCUGUAUAUCCUGAUCACUCCAAAACUUUUAGAGAUGAGAAGCAUUUGACAGCCGAGCUUCGUUUCCUCUGACAGCGUUUUUCAGGAGGUCUUCUUGUUUGUUCGUGGCCGGCAGCUCUGGAGUGUUUUUUCUUGUCCAGGAGCCACUGGUGGACACUUUCGCUGUGACAGCCGUCUUAUCAUGGACCCUCAAAACUUUUCAAGGUUUCCGAACGUGCGCAUAAACGUACAGGGCAGCUAACAGUACGCCCCCAAACCACCCCCCAACAUAUGCUUCUUGAGACUGUUACUGCCUGAUGUCAGAUUGUUUUUUAAGGUUUUAUUGUUAUCGUUGUUGCCCUGUGUGAGUGUGUGUGUGAAUGAGCAUGUGUGUGCGUGUGUGUACAGUGUGUUUUAUAUGCAUGUUGUUUGAUCCUUUUACUUACUAGAACUGCACUGACCGAUGAACCGAUCUGCAAAGAGCUGGAACAAACGUGGGGUGAGUUUUUGUCGCCUCGACCUCUUCCACUCCGCCCCUCUGGCCAAACACUCAGCAGGCUUUUGGUACAGACUGGAGCACAUUCACAGACAACGGGUGCGUUCUUUAAUAUGUCAAAGCUGGUGGAGGCAUGAGCAGCUUUUUAAAAUCACUUUUACGUCCAGUAUAUUUACCUCCAUGUGUUUUUAUUCUUGAAUUAAGGAUUUGACAAAAGCUCAGUUUAGAGUUAGCUGAGAAGACUGAUAUCACUGAAUGUUAUUAUCAGUAGCCAGUUAGCUUAGCUUAGCAUAAGGCCUGAAUUUAGGGAAAACAUUACUAUUAAUUUCUUUAAACUAUUGCUUGGACUCAAGUAUGCACUUCAGUGUUUAAAGUUUUAGCAGAAAACCUAAGACGUGCUUUUUGGUUUUGGGUUUUCCAGUCCUUAUGCUAAGCUUAGCUAACUAUCUGUAAUGAUUUUCUUCAUAUUUACCUGCAGACAUGUGAGUGAUGUCAAUCUUUUCAUGUAAAUAUUCUCUAAAAAGCAAGGAGAACAUUUCCCAAAAGAGUAUUAUUAAUGUUUCUUUCUAUGGGGAUAUUCCAAUGCGCGUUAUAUGACGAGAUAUUCGGGUUAGAAAAGGAGUAACCCAGGGGUCCUAUUCCGGUUUUUAAAAACCCGAAUAUGAGCAUAUUCGGGUUUUUACUGGUGUUUACAUGGCCGUACGCAACCGGGUUAUUGCUAAUAUUCUGGUUAUGAAUUUCUGCCUUUCAUAAAAAAAAACAGAAUGCAAAUCAAUUUGUUUUCAGUGUUUUUAAAAUGAAGUUGUUGUUUUUUUAUAUGUGUACUUUUCAGUUUUACAAGUUUUUUAGACUGAUGCCUUUCAGAAAAUGAGGUGUUUAGGAUCCACUCAUACAGAAUUAGCUUUGGGGCUUUUAGAGAUUGAAAUGCUCACAGUUAUAUCUUCUUGUUUUAUUCAGCUGAAUCUUAUUAGCCAAAAUAGAGACAAAAAUACCAAAAAAUAAAUCUUAAAAAAUGAAAAAAUAUAAUUCAACAUAUACAUUAAUAAUCCAACCACCUAUGGAUAUGUAAAUUGGGCCAUUCUAUCAUACCUUUGAUACUAACAGUAAACAUUGUAAAAUUUCCUCUGUUUUCUUAUUUAAGUAAGAUUAUCAAUCCAGGAGUUUACUUUUGUGAUAUUGUCAAAGUGUUAAUUUUACAGUAAAUUUACUGAAGAUAGUACUCAAAAUGAAGAGAAAAUUCUCUUUUCUUUCCCUGGCUGCUCAUGACCUGUCAUCCUGCAGGUCGCAUUAAAGAACGCACUCAGUGGUUUGACUGUAACUGCGUUAGCCUCAGACAGAUGUGGACACAGCAGGACGGUAUUUGCCAGAUGUGUUGCCUGCAGUGAGCUUAGGAAACACUGACACCUUGUGGCUGAAAAGAGAACUGGACCUCUGUCCUUUGUGAAACUGUAAUUAUACAAGUAGAAUUGUUGCUGCAAGAGUUCAAGCAUUUCUUUUAUUAUUUUAAACCACAACAUGCAAAACCUGAGUGUUUUAUUCUAAACAUGAUGAUGUAUUUGUGUCCAAAAUUCCAAGAUUCGCUUAUGCUGAAAGUUUCUCCGUCAGUCGAUACUGAAUAUUAUUUGCAUCUCGCCACUGUAAUUUUCUCCUCGCGUUUCAUGCAUUGAUGGUAACAGCAGCUGGGGGCAUUUAUUACAGUUGAUGUUAGCAAUUUGUGUUAGUUCUGCUUUCAUUUUCCUUUAUUUAAAACCAAAACAAACAUGCAACUGGAGUAAUUUUGUAGCAGGAUUCAUUUCAGAUCCUCCUGUUCAUCUUAAGAGUUACAUUCCAAGAUGCCAAUUGGGAAAAAAUGGGACAUCAAAUCAUUUUAAAAAUGUUUGAUGGCAGAAAACUUUAAAAUUACACGAUUCCUUUUUAAGCUAGAGCGGAUGAAUGUCGUUUUCAGUUGACUAAAGAUCUCACAGAGUGGAUCUUGCAGGUUCAAAAUAAAUCUAAAGCUGCAGUAAUUGAUUUUUUUGGCUUUCUUGGGGCAGCAGAACAGAUAAAAUAGAACAUCGGAGUAACUUAAAACAUCAACAAAAGAGAUUCUAGGGUGGAGGCAGCCAACAAAGCUCCAGCACUGGAACUUGUUUUCUUCCAUAUUCAUAUUGAAUUGACAAUAUGUAAGUAUUAUUCAAAACAUUACCCCCUUUAAUCCUGACAAAUGGAACAUCUGAGGAAGGUGGUGUUCCCGGUCUGUUAUUUGCACUAUUACAAAUGUCAAUCUAAGUGUUUUUUUAGCUCUGGAAAACACCUCAGAAAAUUCCUUUUAUAAAUUUGAUAUUGUUUCUGCAUUUCCAACAUUUCCUUUAUUUCACGAGUAGCUGUCCACCUGAAUACAAUUCAGUCUUCUUUUAGGUAACUGUUUGGUUUCUGACUUCUAACACCGCUUAAACAGUAAGCUAAAGGGAGCUACAGAGUUCCAGAAAUCUGAGGAGAGCUGCAUUUCUGGUUAAUCAUUCUUUGUUGUUUCAUCAUGACGGGUGAUAACUUGAACCCUGUCCAUUUUUUUUGCUCCUGACACAUUUUUGCUCACCACUUCAACAUUUUUCUCUGCAAUAUAAAGUCCUGCACCUGUAUGGAAACAGUAGAGAUAACUAAAAAAAACAGACAUACUAAAGAAAUUUUACUAUUUACAUUCUGCACAUUAACUCUAGAGAGAUAUUUCGCCAUGCUGAAUGUAUCCUCCAACAACUUGCUCUACUGUGUACGAUUUCUGUGCCAUGUUGCAUUUAUUUUACCACGCAAGUAUGUUUUAUUUGUUCUCUAAUUUGUUUCCAUACUUGUCUCCUCACUGCUGUGUGAACACGGCCUGCAGUUCAGCGGAACAGUUCAAGAAUUUUGGUCACUAGAAGAUUUGGUCGCAGUAGGAGUGAUGCAGGAAUGGUUUGUUUUUGGUGUUUUUUUUUGGAAUGAGACAUUUAAGAUCGAGUGAUUUUGAUAAAAUACGACAAUUUUUAACUUUGCUGUUGGAGCCAUACAUUUUAAGGAGAAAACGUUUUACAGUUUCUGGCUUUAAAAUGGAUUGGGUGGGACUCACCUUAAGGUUUUGGGGUUCAGAGGGUUCAUAUGCCACAUUUGAUCCUUUGUCCAUUUAAAAAUAUCAAUUAGUGCAGCUUUAAAGCCAAACUUCAGGUAAUAAUUCGUACCCUAAAUGUACAUGUACAGCAGUUUGGUAAAGCAGCUCGUCACACUGUUUGUCGCUUUAGUUCAAUUUUUUCUGCUCUUGUGUUCUGACAGUCUGGCAGACAGAUCUGAGAGAGGAGGGGGGUGUAACAGGGUCGGUCACAUGCAUGACGGGGAUCAAAAACCAGCAGCUAUUCAAAGGUUUUCUCCUCCCUUCAGUGUGUGCAUUUGAAGUGAGUAGCAGCGAGGAUACGCUAAGACACUUUGUCGUCUCUCUCCACACAAGCGAGGUGUCGCAAGUAUUAUUAUUGAGGCUCCAGCGAGAGACAAAUUACUGUCAAACAACUGCUAUGCAAAGAAAUCCCAGACUAAAGCUUUCACCUGCGCUUAGGUUUUGCAGUUGACAGGUUUUAUUGUAUUUUGAUGGAUGAUGUGUUUUCAUUCCUCGUCUAAUAUUGAGUACAGUAGUCCGAGACGGCGCUCACUUGUGUCCUUUUUUUUCACAGCAAUUUAAAAUGUACUCUAAAUGAACUAUUGUAAAGAAAAAGCAUAUAUAUGGAUAGCAUACAAUCAUAUUUAUUAUUUCCAUACAUCUAUGAAUACCCAUUUUUUGAACUUUCCUCUGCCUUAACUAUAGUAGCUAUAGAAAGGGACCUCUGUCAGACAAACCAGGCAUCGCUAGACCAUAUUUCUUGUCAUUUUUAGAGUUGCUUCCUCUCUAUAAGCUCGCACGAAAUGACGUCUAGUUACUGAAUGUGUUAACGCCACCUCAAUGUACAGUAGAAUGAAGGUGACGCCGCUGUUUGGGAUCACUCACCGGCUUCUCGUGGGUUUUGUUUCAACUUUGUCACGCCGAUUUUCCACAGUGUCACUGUUGUUACAGGAAUGAUAAUGAUCCAUGUUUUUGAUUUGUGUGGACGGUGCCUUUAUUUUUGUUUUGUUUUUCUCAUCGUGUAAAGAUGUCAUGGGAAUUUUUUUUUUUUUUAAUUUUAUGUUCUCACUUUCUUUGUCAGUCUUUUUCCUAUCUCUUUUCCCCCUUGUUCCUAUGUAGCAUAUUGUUAUUUACACAAUGUGGAAGCUAGCAGCUAUAUAUAUAUUAUACAUACAUAAAAAUAUAUAUAUAUAUAUUUGACUUCACUUCAUUGUGUCACACCUUUAAAGACUGCAAAGAAUCCUAAUGGAGGAUUAGCUCUUGUUUUCUCUGCUAGUAGAUGUUGUCCUCACACAUGAAGCGCGGUUAUGUUUUGAAAUGCUGUACAUAAAAAACACAUUUUAAGAAUUUCUCAUCGAGAUAUUGAUACAAUAAUUGUCUCUUAAUGCACUGUUGUCGCUCAGAUAUUUAGUGGUAAAUAAAAAUAAAAAGUAUUUAAUGUUUUUUAAUGUCUUGCUUUAGACACUAACAGUUUCUGGCAGUGCUAUGAAAGUUAUACGGCAGACGACGCUCCUCUGUGUGUGUGUGUGUAGAUAUGGACGGACACACAUAUUAGUACACGCCUUUUAUGAAAUCUAGUGCACCUCUAGGACGCUCUCUCCUCUCACGCCUCCUUCUUUUUUGAUAGUAUUGCAUGUGCCUGUCUUUUUCCGAUGGAGAACAUAAGCACUUAUUGUCGCCCUCUCAACAGUUUGUACAGACGGACAGACGCUCCAUCUGCAAAAACUGAACUUCUGCGAUGCCUUUAGUGCCCGUCAGAGUCACAAAAGUCACAAAACGAGGUUCCACUAACUAUUUAUCACGCCAGAACAUCUCUCAAUAAUAACACAUUUUGCAGAAGAGGGCUAAAAAAGCUUUUUUAAUUGAUGCAUUUGCUCCCAAAAAGCUCUCGGUGAGCUGCAUCAGCAGAACGCUUUGCAGGUUGGGGCGUCUGUCCACUCUUCUACAUCUGAUCUGUAUUAUGUAUGAGUGUGAAAGAGUGGGUGAAUGCGUGAGUGAACGUGUGUGUGCACAUGAGUUUGAAACAUACAUAUGGCCUAAAUGUAUUGUCUUUUCAUAGCAUUUAUAGAUAAGGCAGCAAUAGCUCAGCGCAGGAAAAUCAGAAAAAGAAGACAUUUAUUUAGCUGCUUUUAGCAAAACUUGUCCAAACUUCACUGUACAAAUGACUGUUAAAUGAGAAAAAAGUCAUGUAUAUUUAUUUUAUAUCCUCUAUUAUAAUAAAAUCCUCUUUUGUCUCAGUCA